AUGGAUAUCAAAGAGGAAGAUCUUGGGGAUUCACAGCUCUACGAAGAUGUUUGGGAGGCAGAUCCAGGAGAAAUUGAAUCUCCGGAGGAAAAGCCCAACGUCCGGGAGAGCAUCCAGGAGACUUUACAUACCCUCGACCUCUUCAUGAACAACAAAUUUCAAGAAGCCCUGGACAACACCGAGCCAUGGGCCCACUGUAGUUCCUAUCAUGCCCUUGGAAAAGGCACCGUUUGCUUCAUCCAGUCUAUUCUUUCAUUUGAUCCAGAUGAUAUCAGCAAGACGAUGGAAGUUUUGAAAGAAAGUGUCUCAGUUUGCAACCGGCUGAGGAAGAGAGGGACUUUGCUCUACAUCACCAGGCUACUCAGAGGAGUUGACUAUAACUUAUAUACAUCAGAGGAGGUCCACGCAGAACUGUGUUACGCUGAGUGUCUUCUGUUAACAGCUCUGAUGACAUUUGUGGCAGAUAAUUCAUUUGUGAACUUCAUCAAAGGAGGCCUGAGAAUAAGAGCUUGCUAUCGAGCUUACAAAGAGGCGUUGCUUAUUUUAGAAAACAGACGCUGGGAAGAUGAAGAAGACAGACGCCAUUUUGAAAGUGGAGUCCGAAUGGGACUUGGAAUAUUUUAUUUGGUUGUUUCACAUCUCCCAACGAGGAUAAUUCGAGUGUUAGAAAUGAUUGGCUUCUGUGGUGAUAAGGAAAUGGGUCUCCAAAAUAUGUAUGACUCCGUGGCCCUUGAAGGAUCUUUAAGAGCGCCUCUAACAGCUUUGUUUCUUCUCUGUUAUAACACAAUCAUCACAUAUUUGUUUGGUCUGGCUGACGGUGAUUUGGUAUCAUCCGAGUAUAUUAUUAAAAAUAUGUUACAAAGAUAUCCCAGGGGAGCAUUAUACUUGUUUCUCCAUGGACGUCUAUUAGAAGUGAAAGGUGAAUUCGAUCAGGCCAUCAAUUUAUUGCUCGACUCCUUGACUGUCCAAGACACUUGGCGCCAAAUGAGGAACCUUGGCUCUUGGGAGCUCAUGUGGUGUUACAGUUUUAAAUUUGAAUGGAAAAACGCACAAAAGUAUUUAGAAUUCCUAAGAAAAGAGAGUCGGUGGUCUCCAGCUAUCUACACCUACGCAUACGCUUUGACCCUGUACAUGCAGUAUUUAGAAGACGGACGGACGGACGAAACUAAACUCUUCGAAGUACACGACUUGAUGAAGAAAGUUCCUGGUCUGAAGCAGAAACUCGCAGGCAAGUCCUUUCCCCUGGAGAAAUUUGUUGUUGCAAAAGCCAAGAAGUUCGUAAAUCAAAACGACAGGCUCCUUCUCCCGUUUUUCGAAAAGAUGUAUGUCUUCAAUGUCUUCCCAAUGUUCAGGAAUCGUCCAGAUACAGUAGAAAAGAUCUUAUCACAUGUGCAGAAUGCUGGCGUAAGUCUACCUGAAGACAGAGAGCCUUCAUCCGAAGAAGCCGAGGAUUACUGUUUAUCACUUUUGUUGAAAGCAGCGUGCCUGAAAUUACAAGGAAACCCUGGAAAAGCCCGAGAAAAUUUGGUUGAACUACUCAAAUAUGAAAAUUACCUUGCGGAUGACGUUUAUCUGGCCACGUACGCCAUGGCUGAAAUAGGAUACAUGGCGAUGGAUAUCGGAAAUUACGAAGAGGCCAUACAGUGGCUCGACAGAUCGUGCCACUCGCACACAGACUACCACCUGGAAUCCUUCCUCCACUAUCGCAUCCAUGCAGCCAUCCGACACAUCCAGAGCCUAAGCUCUCUUCUAGACCACACCACCGUCAGCGACAACAGGCCAGAAGAGAACAGACUGUACAGCUGUUCGUUGAGCCCACCUUCGCAGAAGAACCCGAUCGCAAUCUAUGACUCCCCAGUGCCAGCUCCUGUCUCAUUCUAGUCCAUUUUGAAAUCUUUACCGUUGUGCCGUUACAUAGAUGAUUUGACUGAUGCAUCUGCGCUGUGUAUAAAAUAAGCUAUCCGUUCAUUAGAAAAUCUCU